AUCAUAAACGAGACGUUUGAAAUGUUUUUACUAAAAUAAGUAUAAUAAUAAGCGAAGACACUAAUAAAAUACUACUCGAAACUUAUCAGUGGUUAUCGGUCCUUCGGGAAAAGCUGUACUCAUAAAUAAAGCAAACGCCAUAACAACAAAUAACGUGAAGAAAAAAGCUUACAUCAAGUAAAAGAGGAUGAAAUUGAAAGUGGUGUUGCAUAUGGCUUCGACAUGAUAAUCAAAUGAACUAUAAAGAUAUGGACCAGGAACGAGAUAGACUAUCAUGCUGCGCUAAAUGGCGAGGUGUAAUAUCAGAGUUUGUUGCCACACUCAUUCUUAUAAUGCUUGGCUGCAUGACAUGUUUACCCAUCAAAGGCAUCGACACAAGCAUUUACGCGCCUUUCGGAUUUGGUUGUCUAGUUGCGAUGAACGUACAGAUAUUUGGCCACAUAUCAGGUGCAUUCAUGAACCCGGUUGUGGUACUCGCAUCUGUCAUUCGAGGCAACACAUCCUUCGCUUUAGGGAUUGCAUAUACGUUAGCUGAAUGUGCUGGGGCGAUCGUCGGCUAUGGGAUCCUAGACCUGGUAACGGAGGUCGACAUAAUUGGUACAGAAAUGUGUGUUACGAAGCCUCUCCCAGAAAUGGACUGGUACCAAACGUUUGUGAUCGAAAUAGCUAUUACUGGAACUCUUUCAUUUGUUUGUAUGAGUGUCUGGGAUCCAGUAAAUGUGCAUAAUACGGACAGUACUUCGAUAAAGUUUGGCUUUACGAUUCUAGGGCUUAUACUCGCAGCGGGGCCAAUGACUGGGGCGAGCAUGAACCCUGCACGGUCCUUGGGUCCGGCGGUGUGGACUGGGCAGUGGGCACAACACUGGGUCUACUGGGCUGGACCACUGACCGGCAGUGGUGCAGCCGCCUUCAUUUAUAAGUACAUACUUACCAAGAGAUAG